GGCAGAUGCGAGGCGGAAGACAAAACUCACGCCGAGCUCCUCUUCUCCGGUUGACGCAAAAGCGGAGACGCGGAAAGACUGACACACUCCCCCGGUUGAAACCUCUCCGGAACCCCAUUUGAGGACUACAUUUUAACACGAGACGCCAUGUCCGCCAAAGCCAUCUCGGAGCAGACGAGCAAGGAGUUACUCUACAAGCACAUCUGCACCUCGGCAACGAUUCAGAACCGGUUCCGCUAUGCCAACGUCACUCCUGAGACCGACCUGGACCGGCUGGCAGUGGAGCACCCCUGGCUGCUCACAGAGAGGCUGGUGGUGAAGCCGGACCAGCUGAUCAAGAGGCGGGGCAAACUGGGUCUGGUGGGUGUCAAUCUGGACCUGAACGGCGUCAGAGAGUGGCUGAAGACCCGCCUCAUGAAGGAGACGACGGUGGGAAAAGCCAAAGGCGUUCUCAAGAACUUCCUCAUUGAACCCUUUGUCCCUCACAAGCAGGAGGAGGAGUUCUACGUGUGCAUCUACGCCACCCGCGAGGGUGACCACGUGCUGUUCCACCACGAGGGCGGUGUGGACGUGGGCGACGUGGACGCCAAGGCCAAGAAGCUGCUGGUCGGCGUGGACGAGAAGAUCAGCGAGGGCUCGGUGUGCAAGCAGCUGCUUGCCCACGUCCCCAACGACAAGAGACUGGUCCUAGCCCACUUCAUUGUCGGGCUUUUCAACCUGUAUGAAGACCUGUUCUUCACAUACCUGGAAAUCAACCCACUCGUGGUCACUAAAGAUGGCGUCUACGUGCUGGAUAUGGCGGCGAAGAUCGACGCCACGGCGGAUUACAUCUGCAAGGCCAGGUGGGGGGAUGUGGAGUUCCCGCCGCCCUUUGGCAGGGAGGCCUACCCUGAGGAGGCCUACAUCGCCGACCUAGACGCCAAGAGCGGCGCCAGCCUCAAACUGACCUUGCUCAACCCGCAGGGCCGAAUCUGGACGAUGGUGGCGGGCGGCGGAGCCUCCGUCGUGUACAGCGACACCAUCUGCGACCUGGGCGGCGUUGAUGAGCUGGCCAACUACGGCGAGUAUUCGGGGGCGCCGAGCGAGCAGCAGACAUACGACUACGCCAAGACCAUCCUCUCGCUCAUGACCAGGGAGAAGCACCCUGAUGGCAAAGUGUUGAUCAUUGGGGGAAGCAUUGCCAACUUCACAAAUGUGGCGGCGACGUUCAAGGGAAUUGUUCGAGCAAUCCGAGACUACCAGGUGCCUCUCAAGGAGCACGAAGUGACCAUUUUCGUCAGGCGCGGGGGUCCAAAUUACCAGGAGGGCCUCCGGGUAAUGGGAGAAGUUGGCAAGACCACAGGGAUCCCCAUUCACGUCUUUGGCACCGAGACCCACAUGACCGCCAUUGUGGGCAUGGCGCUGGGUCACCGGCCCAUCCCCAACCAGCCUCCCGUUGCCGCCCACACUGCCAACUUCCUGCUCAACUCCAGUGGAAGCACAUCGACUCCGGCAUCCACCCGCACAGCCUCCUUCUCCGAGAACAGCGGCAAAGCUAAGGCCUCGCCAGCCAAGAAAGCCAAAAGCGCAGCUCCUGUUGUCAAGGCGACCACGCUGUUCAGCAAGAAGACCAAGUCCAUCGUGUGGGGCAUGCAGACACGGGCCGUGCAGGGCAUGCUGGACUUUGACUACGUCUGCUCCAGAGACGAGCCUUCCGUGGCGGCCAUGGUCUACCCCUUCACCGGAGACCACAAGCAGAAGUUCUACUGGGGCCACAAAGAGAUCCUUCUGCCGGUGUACAAGAACAUGGGCGACGCCAUGAAGAAGCAUCCGGACGUGGACGUGCUCAUCAGCUUUGCUUCCCUCCGCUCAGCCUUCGACAGCACCAUGGAGACCAUGCAGCAUCCGCAGAUUCACACCAUCGCCAUCAUAGCGGAGGGAAUUCCCGAAGCCCACACCAGGAAAAUCAUUAAGACAGCCGAUGAGAAGGGCAUCACCAUUAUCGGACCAGCAACUGUGGGCGGCAUCAAGCCGGGCUGCUUCAAGAUCGGCAACACGGGUGGCAUGCUGGACAACAUCCUUGCCUCCAAGCUGUACCGGCCGGGCAGCGUGGCUUACGUGUCGCGCUCAGGCGGCAUGUCCAACGAGCUUAACAACAUCAUUUCGCGUACCACCGAUGGCGUAUUUGAAGGUGUGGCCAUUGGUGGGGACAGGUACCCAGGCUCCGUUUUCACAGACCACGUGCUGCGCUACCAGGACACCCCCGGAGUGAAAAUGAUCGUCGUGCUGGGCGAGAUUGGCGGCACGGAGGAGUACAAGAUCUGCCAGGCCAUCAAAGAAGGCAGGAUCACAAAGCCCGUGGUGUGUUGGUGCAUCGGGACCUGCGCUACUAUGUUCGCCUCAGAGGUCCAGUUUGGCCACGCAGGAGCGUGCGCUAACCAGGCUUCAGAGACUGCGGUGGCCAAGAACAAAGCUCUGAAGGAGGCCGGCGCUUUUGUGCCAAAGAGCUUUGACGAGCUGGGAGAGAUCAUUAAGUGUGUAUAUGACGACCUGGUGGACAAAGGAGUCAUCCAACCAGCGCCAGAGCUGCCCCCUCCCACUGUUCCGAUGGAUUACUCCUGGGCACGAGAGCUGGGUCUGAUUCGCAAACCGGCGUCCUUCAUGACCAGCAUCUGUGACGAGAGGGGGCAGGAGCUCAUUUAUGCCGGCAUGCCCAUCACGGAGGUCUUUAAGUCGGAAAUUGGCCUGGGGGGCACUCUGGGGCUUCUGUGGUUCCAGAGGAGGCUGCCCAGAUACGCCUGCCAAUUCAUCGAGAUGUGUCUCAUGGUGACAGCCGAUCACGGUCCAGCAGUAUCCGGCGCCCACAACACCAUUGUGUGUGCCCGAGCCGGCAAAGAUCUGAUCUCAAGUCUCACCUCUGGCCUGCUCACCAUCGGUGACCGCUUCGGAGGCGCUCUGGACGCCGCGGCCAAGCAGUUCAGCAAGGCCUUCGACAGCGGCAUGCUGCCCAUGGAGUUCGUCAACAAGAUGAAGAAGGACGGCAAGCUCAUCAUGGGCAUCGGCCACAGGGUCAAAUCCAUUAACAAUCCUGACAUGCGAGUCCAGAUCUUGAAAGACUUUGUGAAGCAGCACUUCCCCUCCACGCAGCUGCUGGAUUACGCUCUGGAUGUGGAGAAGAUCACCACUUCAAAAAAGCCCAACUUGAUCCUGAAUGUGGACGGCUUCAUCGGCGUGGCCUUUGUGGACCUACUCAGAACCUGCGGUGGAUUUACCAGGGAUGAAGCAGACGAGUUUGUGGAAAUUGGCGCUCUGAACGGCAUCUUUGUCCUGGGUCGGAGCAUGGGAUUCAUUGGACACUACCUGGAUCAGAAGAGGCUAAGGCAGGGUCUCUAUCGCCACCCGUGGGACGACAUCUCCUACGUGCUCCCGGAGCACAUGUCCAUGUAGGACCCUCUCCGCCCACCUAAGCUUAAAGACUGAAGAUAUGGCAUAUUUCAUCAAUAUGUUACUGUUCAGAUCACAUAUAUUGCUUGAAAUUGUUGCUGAUUUAAAUUGUCAGUAUUUGACACUGAGAAAAUCCUCUCGGACAUGACCAAGGCCUGACGUGACAAAAGUUGAAAUGGUCCAUCAUGUUCUCACGUCUCCGUGCAGCUCUAUUCUGUGUGCCAUUCCACUAGCAUCGUCGUCAUCUUGAGCUUCUUACACAGGGUAAUUGUGUAGUGCAAUAUUAAUGUGAAACCAUACUGUAGAUGAUAGCUUUAUUAAUGUAUUCUGUAGGUGUAUUCAUCAAAAAGAUGUUUUAAUUGUCCAUAUCUUGUCUCAGCUGUUGUUGCAAAAGGGAACAUUUAUUUAUGUCAUUCCUAGGUAAUGACUCAAAAUAACUACCAAAAUAAUACUGUAUUAGAAUACUGUGAUUACAGCACUACAGUACUACAAAUUAUUGGUUAUCAUUAAUAUAAUGACUCGUUAUAGAAGGCACUAGAUUAUGUAUUUGGGAUAAUUUGAUAAUGACCUCGCUGCUGUUGUGGCAAUGUUUGUGUGUGAAGUGAAUGUGCCUCUAUACUGACCUGUGUUUGUCAACAUCUGUGCAAUUUAAAGUAGAAAUGUGUACCAGUAAAGAGGCGUUUUCCUUG